GGCGCAAACGAGCGGAAGAAUCUUCGGAUGUUGUUAUGCGCGAUGAACUUACUGCCAUCGAGAACCUCAUCAAUGAGCUGGAACAGAAAAAGGAAGCAAUUAAAGACGUGAACGCAAAGGGUAACGCCAUGCUCGACACCUAUACCAGAGAUGAAGCGCAUAACCUCAGUCAUGAACUCAGUAAGCUCAAUAUGCGGUGGAGCAAAUUUAACGACAAUUUGCGAAUUCGUCGUGCAGUCUUAGAAGCAACAUUACGAUCGCGAACCGAUUUUCAUACCGCAUUCACUGAAUUCGAAGAUUGGCUGGGUAGAAUUGCUGAAAGUUUGAGUGAACUCGAAACAUUGACAGCCAAUACGCAAUCGUUGAAGGAUACCACAAAACGACGAGAAUGGAUUCAGAAACAGAAGGAGCUUGAGGCUGAACUAGACGCGCAUGAACCCGUGUUAAGAUCUGUGGAAGAGAUGGGACGAAAGCUUGGAGCUGGGUUGGAUUCGGGAAAGGAGCGUACGGAGAUUCAAAAUCGUUUAGAAAUAGUGUCACAGCGGUGGAUAGAUGUCAGGAGCAUUGAGAAUUCCGUGAGAAAGCGAUUAACAGAAGCCGAACAAGAAUGGGAAAAACUUACUAACACCCUUUCCUCCCUUAUCGGCUGGAUCGAGGACAAAAGCAAGGAGAUGCUUGCCCAACAGCCAGUCGGAGGUAGCCUCUCGACAGUUAUGGCUCAAGGAGCUUGGAUGAAAAAUGUGGAAAAAGAAAUGGAAGUG